CCAAAACAAGUUCGUGAGUGGCUAGACAAAAAAUAUGAACUUAUGAGUGCCGAUCUUUACCUUUUAACGCUUAACUCUGGUCACCGGGCCCAGUUCCUAUUAUUAGAAGAAAGACUUGUUAAGUGGAUUAAUGAACAUCGCAAUGAGCAGUAUGCUGUUAUCCAAAAUAUGGUUGUAAGAAAGGCCAAAACAUUAGCCGAAACUAAUGAAUUUAAAAAUACAUACCCUGAUAUUGGCAGCUUCAAAUUUUCUAAAAGCUGGUUGUGUCAGUUCUUGUACCGCCAUAAUUUUUCAAAUCGUAGAUGUACGACGGUUUCCCAGCACCUCCCAGCCAACCCUGAGGAAAAACAAAAUUCGUGGGAUGAGGUUGACCCUCGCUUAAUCGUAAAUUCAUUCAAGUGUUGUGGUGUUUCAGUCAAGAUGGAUGGGAUGGAAAACGAUUUGGUCUUUGACUAUGAAUUGUUGAGUGAGAAUCUGGCAGAUGAAAACGAUGUGAAUUCCAAAGUAGUGGGUCUUGAUAUUAAUAGUGAAGAAUACGAAGAAGUUGAUAGCAUUAAUAAUGUUUGGAAAUAA